AUGAUCUAUGCAAUUGCAAGGAGCUCACAAUCAUUGAAACCAAAUUCAGUUCUAAAAUGCAAGGUUAAGGGACUAAUUAGAAGAGGUUGGGCUCCACAAGUGCUGAUUCUUGAGCAUCAAGCAAUUGGAGCCUUUUUUACUCACUGUGGGUGGAACUCUAUCCUUGAAGGGGUGUCUGCUGGGGUGUCACUGAUCACAUGCAGGGCCGGAACUAGCCCAAGGGCUGUAGCCUGGGAAGGUUUUGGAACUGGAGUUUCUUUUGGUGCUCAACAAUGGGCUGAAUUUCUAGAGGUGAAGAAGAAAGCCCAGUGUGAAGAGGGAAGCCUAGAGAAGGUUGUGACUCAAGUCAUGGUGAGGGGUGAAGCAAAGGAGAUGAGAAGCAGAGGCAGGGCACUUGGGGAGAUGGCAAGGAGGGCUGUUGAAGAAGGCGAUUCAUCAUUCUCAGAUCUAACUGCUCUUGUUGAAGAGUUGAUGUCCCUUAGAGGUUGA